AUGUGGGACGAAUCCGAUAGACGCGAUAGGCGUGGAGGUGGAGGACGUGAUAGGGACAACGACCGUGAUCGCAGAGGGUACAGGUCACGAUCGCGUGAGCACCGUGGAUAUAGAGAUCGCUCCAGGUCUCCCGAUAGAAGGAACAAUCACCGAGAUGGAGAUAGGAACCGUCCAAAGGAUCGAGGUCCACGACACCAUGAUGAUCGAGAUAAGAGGGAUAGGCGAAGAGACGACGGAGACGAUGCGCCGACAAGGCCAAGGAGGGACGACCGUCGCGAUGAUAACAGGGACCGAAGAGGCAAAUCCCGUCGCUCUGCGUCACCACAAUCACGAAGCCCCUCUUCUAACGAAACAACCCUCCCCACACGUACUCGCCCUGAAGCCAAGCGUCCAGCACCUCACAUGUCCUUUAACGUCGGCUCUCGUGCCAGCCGCUCACCGCCACCGCCCGCAUCACACUCCGAACGUGAAGAAGAGACCGCUCGCUCUGAAGAUGGCCAGGUCUCCGAGGUAGAAGACGAACCUAUGGUAGCUGAGGACGACGACAUGGCUGCUAUGCACGCCAUGAUGGGUUUUGGCGGGUUCGGAACGACAAAGAACAAGAAGGUCUCAGGAAAUAAUGCUGGCGGAGUGCGAAAGGAGAAGAAAACUGAGUAUCGCCAGUACAUGAACCGAAACGGCGGUUUCAACAGACCUCUCAGUCCGUCUCGAUAG